AUGAAUGAUCUGCUAAUGAGAGGAGCUCCCCCGGGGACCGUUGGAGUUGCUCACCCAUCAGGUUGGGUUCAAACCAACAUUUUCACUAACUGGUUUCAACAUUUUGUAGAUAAAGUAAAACCUACUGAAGAUUCUCCAGUUCUUUUAAUCUUAGAUGGGCAUUACAGCCAUGUUAGGAAUGUUGAUUUGAUAGAAUCAGCCAGAAACAACCAUGUGACAAUUGUGUCUUUGCCACCACAUUGUUCACACAAGCUACAGCCGCUGGACAAAACCUUUAUGGGUCCUCUAAAAUCUCACUAUAGUGAAGAAAUAAGACAGCGGUUACUUCACUCAGACAAACCAUUGUCUACUUAUGACAUGAUGGAACUGUUUGGAAAGGCAUAUUUAAAAGUGCAAACUGGGGAGAUAGCAAAGAAUGGUUUCGAAAAGACAGGCAUUUUCCCAAUGAACAAGAAUAUUUUCACAGAUGCUGACUACUUAGCUUCAGUUCAAGAAUCUGCUAAGACCUGCAGUCCUCACACAAUAAAUCCAAAUGAGAAAGUUCAAGCAAAAUCUUCAUCUAUUGAACCAACUCCUUCAUUAGGCCAUCCACACGAAUUGGUGAUUGCUGAUCCUUACAAUGACCUUCAACCUAGCACUUCAAAAAGCAGUGUUAGUCCUUAUGAUAUCACCCCUGUGCCAUCAAAAAAACGAAAAGCAAGCAACAGAGGACGUAAGGCUGUAGGGGCUUGCAUCAUAACUGGCACACCGUACAAAGAAGCCCUGACACAAUCAUUAACCGUUAAUCCGGAAAAAAAUUCAGCUAAAAAGAGAUUAGACUUAGAUUUUCAGAAGAAUAAAACCAAAAAGGGUAAGGAUUUACUUACAACAAAAUUCAAAGGAAAGUCACAAGAUAAACCUGUUAAGGUCGGUUCUUCUGAAGAUUCUGAUGGUGUCUCUAUUGUCGACGACAACAUGAGUGAUUUUAAUUUCCCCGUUGGAGUCAAAAAACCAAAAAAAUGA